GCGACCCGUGAUCUCGAUGAUAUGGAAGUCGAAUUUCAUGGACUGGAAGCCGAUCCAACGGAUUUUGAGAAUCAAGAAAUUAAAAUUUCACCCUAUCAAAUUUUAAAUCCAGAUGGUGGUUACGUAUAUAAGACGACCCUUGAACUACAGCUUUGUAGUUUCAUUUGUACUGGCUCAUCUAGCAGAAAUUAUAGGACAAGGAGUCGAGAGAUACGGUUAGAGGACAUACCCUUCGUUUCUGAAUUAAUUCAAGAUGGACUUGGUGAGAGGGUUGUUGAACUUCUUCUUCAUUUCCAGUAUCGCGCAUGCAGACAAGACCCAUUGCUUUUUGUAUUAGCUAUAUGCUGUAGAUCGAGUGACAGACAAACAAAAAGAGCUGGAUAUAAUGCACUUCCGUCAAUUUGUCGAAUACCAACACAACUGUUCAAAUUUCUAAGUUUUUGUCAAAAAAUUAAUCAGAAGAAUUCUUUGUCUAAAGGUUGGGGCAGAGCACAUCGGAAAGCAAUCUGUGAUUGGUAUCAUAGUUACGGAACAUCAGAAACCAAGUUAAAACUUUUGGCACUUCAUAUAACAAAAUACUCCAAAAGACAUGGAUGGCGACAUAAAACCGUAAUGCGCCUAGCCCAUAUCAAUGUCAAGGAAGAAGAAGAUCCAGCCUUGAAGUAUCUGGUGAUUCUUGCAGUGAAAGGAAAACAAUAUGCAGAUUCUACCACCUUUAUGGAGAAUCAAAGAAAACGAGAAUUUUAUCAGACGUCAACCCUGAAAAAAAUAAGCGACCUCCUCUCUUCGAUAGAAACCGCAAAACAUACAAAGGAUGUCAGUCAAGUGAAGAGGCUUAUCUUGGAGCAUAGAUUAGUGAGGGAACAUAUACCGACCUGCUUCUUAAACGAAAGAGAGGUUUGGUUAGCUCUUGCAAGACAUAUGCCAGUGACUGCCCUGAUUCGAAAUUUAGGGAAAAUGUCUAAGCUGGAAAUCUUUAAAAGAAGCACAUCAGAGGAGAAGCCAUCUUUUGAAGAAUACUUAGCACUUGAAAAACUGAAGAAUAAAGAACUAAUCACAAAAGAAAAGGUACAUCCUUUUACCUACAUGCUAGCAAUCAACCAGUACAAAAAAGGUGAAAACAGAUCAAAAUCGCUGCAAUGGCCAAUUUACCCACAGAUUUGCUCUGCACUUAAAGAAGGGUUGUAUUUAUUUUUCGAAAAUAUCAAGCCUACAAAGAAACGUUUUUUGGUGGCAUUGGAUAUAAGUAAAUCGGUAGAAGAAAGUGUAACUGUAGUGGGAUCUCCUUCUCUACAAGCUCUGGACGUUGCUGCCUUUAUGCUGUCUCUGAUAAUUAGGACAGAACAAAAUUGCCAUGCAAUAAUUUUCUCGAACAACAGAGCAACUGUUUUGCCUAUCAGACCUGAUGAUGAUAUCGAAGUGGUAGCUGAAAAGAUAAAGGACUUGAGAAGUUUACCGAGUGAAGUCUCUGCUGACGCAUCCCUGCCAUUCAAGUAUGCAAUUGAAAAGAAGAAGAUUUACGAUGUCGUCAUUAUUUACACAGAUUCUUACGCUACUUCUGGAACCCCACAUCCUUCGCAGGCAUUACAAUUUUAUCGACAAUCUUCAGGAAAGACUGAUGCUAAAUUGGUCGUCUGUAACUUGGCCUGUUCCGAUGUCUCUAUCGGAGACAUAGAAGAUCCCUUAACGUUGACAGUGUGUGGAUUUGAUUCCUAUGUUCCACAAAUCAUAUCAAAUUUUAUUAAUGGGAAUUUUAAUUCCUCGUGAGUGUUUCGAAAGUGCUUAGUUCUAUAUUCAUGAAUUUUUAUGCAUUUGAAUCUUAAGCAAAUGAAGGGAUUCAAUUGUGAUAAGAAAUUUUUGAAAUAUUUCAUAUAUGCAAGAGAAAAUAAUUCAAUAGAAAAUAAGCGUAUGAAAAGUCAUAUGUG